AUGUCGUCGUUCCGUUUCCUUCAACUCGUCAAGCCAUUCCAACAGAUCCUCCCAGAGGUAUCAGCCCCAGAACGCAAAGUACCAUUCAACCAGAAGGUAGCCUGGACAGCCGUCACCUUAUUGAUUUUCUUGGUCUGCUCUCAAGUACCUCUCUAUGGUAUCGUUUCUAGUGAUAGCUCAGAUCCGCUCUACUGGAUGAGAGUUAUUUUGGCAUCCAAUCGUGGUACUCUCAUGGAACUCGGUAUUUCUCCUAUCGUUACUUCUGGUAUGAUUAUGCAGCUUCUCGCUGGUGCAAACCUCAUCGACGUCGAUUUCUCCUUAAAAGAAGACAGAGCUCUUUUCGGUGCUGCUCAGAAGUUGUUCGCCUUGAUCAUCUCACUCGGUCAAGCUACCGUAUACGUUCUCACCGGCUUAUACGGUCAGCCAUCAGACUUAGGAGCUGGUGUCUGUCUUCUCUUGGUCGUACAACUUGUCGCUGCUGCCCUCAUUGUCAUCCUCCUUGAUGAACUGCUUCAAAAAGGCUAUGGUUUAGGCAGUGGUAUCUCACUCUUUAUUGCCACGAACAUCUGUGAAUCUAUCGUCUGGAAGGCAUUUUCACCAACAACGAUAAACACUGGCCGUGGUCCUGAAUUUGAAGGUGCUUUACUCGCUCUCGUUCACUUGCUUUUCACCUGGAAUGACAAGACCAGAGCACUCAAGGAAGCUUUCUACAGAGACAGAUUACCAAAUGUAUCAAACUUACUUGCUACUCUUGCUAUCUUCGCAGCUGUUAUCUACUUGCAAGGUUUCAGAAUUGAAAUUCCUGUAAAAUCAAACAGAUUCAGAGGCCAACGUGGUACAUACCCAGUUAAAUUGUUCUACACAUCAAACAUGCCAAUCAUGUUGGAAUCAGCAUUGAGCUCAAACGUUUUCAUCAUUUCACAAAUGCUUUACAACAGAUUCCCAGAUAACUUAUUCGUCAAGCUCAUUGGUGUUUGGGAGCCAUUAGAGGAAUCUCCACAAUUGUUUGCAACAUCCGGUAUCGCUUACUACAUGUCUCCACCUCACACUCUUCAUGCAGCUUUAGUCGACCCAAUCCACACAAUCAUUUACGUCACCUUCAUGCUUUCAGUCUGUGCAAUCUUCUCAAAGACUUGGAUUGAAGUAUCUGGAUCAGGUCCAAGAGAGGUAGCAAAGCAAUUGAAAGACCAACAAAUGGUUAUGGCUGGUCACAGAGAAGGCAGCAUGUACAAGGAAUUGAAGAGGGUUAUACCAACUGCCGCCGCAUUCGGUGGUGCAACUAUCGGUGCAUUAUCCGUUAUCGCUGACUUGAUUGGUGCUUUCGGUUCUGGUACUGGUAUCCUACUCGCUACCACUAUCAUUUACUCAUACUUUGAAAUCUCAUCAAGGGAGAAUCUCAGCCCUGAGAUGGCUUCUAUGGGUGAUCUGAUGGGAUAGAUGGGGUUGUUGAUGAACGAAAAAAGUAUUUUCUUAAUUACAAAAAAGGGAUAUAAUAACACAUUAGCGUAAAAUAGCAUACAUUUCAAUUUCUA